CCGGUGUACUACUAAUAAAACGGGUGUGUCGUCCGUCCCAAGUGCGUCCGAUUUUUGCCUGAUCGUGAAGAUGGGGGUUCUCCGUGCACUGCUUCUGCUCCUCGUCGUUGCUGCUGCGUCCGCGGCUCUAGUGAAGCGGCAAGACUCGGAGGAGGCGAUAGUGUACAAGCUGUUCCACGUCGAUUCCCUGGUCGUAUCUCGCUACGCCGUCACGAGCAUCACGAGUGUCGUGCAGAACAGCGACCCAGAGCAAUCCAAGGAACUGGAAUUCCGCAUGCAGCUACCGGAGACUGCCUUCAUAUCAAACUUUUCCAUGUCAGUGAACGGGAGGACGUACUAUGGGGUUGCAAAAGAGAAGGCAGAGGCAGAGCAAGAGUUUGAGGAGAGGAUAAGUGCUGGGGAGAACGCUGGACUGGUUCAAUCAAGGGGUUCCGAAGUGUUUUCCAUUCGCAUCAACACAGCGGCAGACUCCGAGGCGGCGUUUGUCCUCAAGUAUGAGGAGUUGAUUGUACGUCGCCGCUCCAAGUACAGCUACAGCGUCAACCUCAACCCUGGAUCAGUGGUAAAUGACUUUCAGGCUCGGGUUAGGGUCGUCGAUCCUCAAGGAGUUGUGGAAACGGCUGCGUCUGACUUUGUGUCGUCCCAAAGACUCUCCGAUACAGAAGUUGUGUUCUCCUACCAACCAUCGGCUGAUCAACAGAGAGAAGACUCGACCGAAUAUGGGCUCGGGCGAGACCUGGAUAUAGAAUUUGACGUUACUCCAACCUCUGUCAGUGUGGGAGAGUUUGUGGUGGACAGCAACUGCUAUUUUGCUCAGUUUUUCUCAAAGACUGGAGCCGAAGCGGUCCCUGUGGACCUGGUGUUUGUGAUUGACGUCUCUGGCUCAAUGUCGGGGACCAAGAUCGCACAGACGCGAGAGGCCCUGGAGACAAUCAUCAAUCAGCUGCGGGACACUGACCGGUUCACAAUGCUCACCUUCUCUACCAACGUCAGGUACUGGCGCGAGGAUCUUGUCUCUGCAAGCGAGUACCGACUUGAAGGGGUCGAGUUUGCACAAUCACUGCUGGCCAAUGGCGGCACCAAUUUUAAUGCUGGACUUCUCGACGGGAUAGAAGUUCUGAAGGGGAGAGAUGAGUCCGCCAGCCAAAGCCGCAUACCUCUUCUUGUGGUGCUCACCGAUGGAGAGCCGACACAGGGUGUGACUGAUGAAGACAAAAUUGUCGCUAACGCCAGGGAAGCCCUCACCGGCACGUCAAUCUCCCUCAACUGCCUCGGUUUUGGUCAAAACCUAAACUUUCAGCUGCUCGAGAGACUGGCUCUACAGAACGACGGGAUCGUGAGGACAAUCUACGAGGGAGAUGAUGCAGCGGAACAGUUGGAAGGUUUUUUCGACGAAAUUUCGACACCCGUCUUGCAAAACAUCAAGAUCUCCUAUGACGAUAACUCGGUGAAAACUUCCUCCGCCACAGAGUUUCCUCUGCUGUUUGAAGGUGGGGAGAUAGUGGUGGCAGGUCAGUGUAACAAGGACACACAGAAUAUCGACGUGGAAGUUGUGGGAACAGGUACCGACGGUCAGGUGUCCUUCACUGCUGAAAUCAGUACCAAUCCAACUAGCAUCGUUGGAGACUACUCUCCAUCGACAGAGAGGCUCCAGGCGUAUUUGCUAAUACAACAACUUCUCAACAGCCGACUGGCGUCAACCGAUCAGUCUGAGAUUAACGCUAACCUCCUAAAAGCCCUGGACCUUUCGCUGAAGUAUAACUUUGUCACGGAGCUUACGUCGCUCAUUGUGGUAGAGGAGAUAUGCUCGGGGUCCGGGAAUGAGACCCUCAUUGGCGGUGGGAACGAUUUUGGUGGCGGCGAAGAUUUUGCUAACUCUCCUGGAGUUUCAAUGAACUCAGGAGCUUCAGUUGGGGCACUACCUGUCAUAUUAUCAGUAUCUCUGCUGGUCGUUGUAGUUCUAGUCGUGUCAGCCGUUGUUCUAGCUGCAGUGUUUAUCAAGAGAAGAAGAGCGACUCAUCGACGUCUUAAUGACAGCGUUACUCCACAGCAAUGCAUUGAAAAGGACACAGUCAUUUGAUUUUUUACUUCAGCUCACUGCUUCCAUAUAGCAGGCAUACAUUGUGCAGGUCGGGUGAAAGCUCAGAGAGUCCAACGGCGCUGUCGUCCUCGGUCCUGUUUGCUGCCCUCUUCCAUCUUCUACUAUGCUAGUUUUGACCCCUGCCCAAAUAUUUUCAAUCCAUCGCCAUAAUGGAAAACAAUCUCCGUUCUGUGUUGUCGUAUCUACUGUAUACUGUUCGUGUAAUAGUAAUAUCAAUGCGCAUGCGCUAAUAAUGUUUAUGCGUUGCCCCCGGAUACAAAAUGGCGGGCGCGGAGGAGAAAGAACCCGAAAAUAUCGUGCACAGGAACGCGAUCUUCUGCGAGACCAUUCACAAGGAGCAGAGGGACCAGAAACUCUACACCAGCUACGGCGUCAACCCCUACAAGAAGAUGCACGUUGUAGCUGGAAAGCCAAACUCCCCUCACGAUUCAGCAGACGCAGCAGAAGACGGUGAGGCUAGAUACGAGUUUCUACAGACCUACAGAAAGGCCCAGGGAACCCCACGGAGCAGAUACAGCUAUCCACAGACAGAGGCACAGGAGAUCGGCUGGGACACAAAACCCCUGAUGGGGGUUCUCCGUGCACUGCUUCUGCUCCUCGUCGCUGCUGCUGCGUCCGCGGCUCUAGUGAAGCGGCAAGACUCGGAGGAGGCGAUAGUGUACAAGCUGUUCCACGUCGAUUCCCUGGUCGUAUCUCGCUACGCCGUCACGAGCAUCACGAGUGUCGUGCAGAACAGCGACCCAGAGCAAUCCAAGGAACUGGAGUUCCGCAUGCAGCUACCGGAGACUGCCUUCAUAUCAAACUUUUCCAUGUCAGUGAACGGGAGGACGUACUAUGGGGUUGCAAAAGAGAAGGCAGAGGCAGAGCAAGAGUUUGAGGAGAGGAUAAGUGCUGGGGAGAACGCUGGACUGGUUCAAUCAAGGGGUUCGGAAGUGUUUUCCAUUCGCAUCAACACAGCAGCAGACUCCGAGGCGACGUUUGUCCUCAAGUAUGAGGAGUUGAUUGUACGUCGUCGCUCCAAGUACAGCUACAGAGUCAACCUCAACCCUGGAUCAGUGGUAGAUGACUUUCAGGCUCGGGUUAGGGUCGUCGAUCCUCAAGGAGUUGUGGAAACGGCUGCGUCUGACUUUGUUUUGUCCCAAAGACUCUCCGAUACAGAAGUUGUGUUCUCCUACCAACCAUCAGCUGAUCAACAGAGAGAAGACUCGGCCAAAUAUGGGCUCGGGCGAGACCUGGAUAUCGAAUUUGAUGUUACUCCCACCUCUGUCAGUGUGGGAGAGUUUGUGGUGGACAGCAACUGCUAUUUUGCUCAGUUUUUCUCAAAGACUGGAGCCGAAGCGGUCCCUGUGGACCUGGUGUUUGUGAUUGACGUCUCUGGCUCAAUGUCGGGGACCAAGAUCACACAGACGAGAGAUGCCCUGGAGACAAUCAUCAAUCAGCUGCGGGACACUGACCGAUUCACAAUGCUCACCUUCUCCACCAACGUCAGGUACUGGCACGAGGAUCUUGUCUCUGCGAGCGAGUACCGAUUGGAAGGUGUCAUGUUUGCACAAUCACUGCAGGCCAGCGGCUCCACCAAUUUUAAUGCUGGACUUCUCGACGGGAUAGCAGUUCUGAAGAGGAGAGAUGAGUCCGCCAGCCAGGGCCGCAUACCUCUUCUUGUGAUGCUCACUGAUGGAGCGCCGACAGUGGGUGUGACUAAUGAAGACAAAAUUGUCGCUAACGCCGGGGAAGCCCUCACUGGCACGUCAAUCUCCCUCAACUGCCUUGGUUUUGGGCAAAACCUAAACUUUCAGCUGCUCGAGAGACUAGCUCUACAGAACGACGGGAUCGUGAGGACAAUCUACGAGGGAGAUGAUGCAGCGGAACAGUUGGAAGGGUUUUUCGACGAAAUUUCGACACCCGUCUUGCAAAACAUCAAGAUCUCCUAUGAUGAGAACUCGGUGAAAACUUCCUCCGCCACAGAGUUUCCUCUACUGUUUGAAGGUGGGGAGAUAGUGGUGGCGGGUCAGUGUAACAAGGACACACAGAAUAUCGAUGUGGAAGUUGUGGGAACAGGUACCGACGGUCAGGUGUCCUUCACUGCUGAAAUCAGUACCAAUCCAACUAGCAUCGUUGGAGACUACUCUCCAUCGACAGAGAGGCUCCAGGCGCAUUUACUAAUACAACAACUUCUCAACAGCCGACUGGCGUCAACCAAUCAGUCUGAGAUUAACGCCAACCUCCAAAAAGCUCUGGACCUUUCGCUGAAGUAUAACUUUGUCACGGAGCUUACGUCACUCAUUGUGGUAGAGGAGAUACCUGAGAUAGGCUCAGGGCCUGGGAAUGAGCCUCGGGCCGGGAAUGAGACCCUCAUUGGCGGUGGGAACGAUUUUGGUGACAAGGAAGAUUCUGUUAGCUCUCCAGUUACAAUGGACUCGGGAGCUGAGGCUUCAGUUGGGGCACUACCUGUCAUAUUAUCAGUAUCUCUGCUGGUUCUAAUCGUUUCAGCCAUUGUAGCCGUUGCUCUAGCUGCAGUGUUUAUCAAGAGAAGAAGAGCUACUCAUCAACGUCUUAAUGACAGCGUUACUCCACAGCAAUGCAUUGAAAAAGACACAGUCAUUUGA